AUGCCAACGGAAAUACACUCCGACAAUGGUACAAACUUUAGAGGAGCAAAUAACACCCUGGUUGAACUGCACCGUCUUUUGGAGAACAAGCGCACGAGAGAAGCAAUCAACAACGAAUGCAGCCUGAAGCGAAUUCAAUGGUAUUUCAUACCACCGCGAGCACCUUCAUUCGACGGAUUGUGGGAGGCGGCCGUCAAAACAGCUAAAACGUCUUUGGUGAAAACACUCGGAAGCACUCAACUGUCCUAUGAAGAUUUCGCGACCAUCCUGACCCAAAUCGAAGCCAACAUGAAUAGUCGCCCGCUCACAUCAUUGUCCGGUCGGUACGUCGCUACAAAGUCUGCCGGAGCCAGACUACACCAGGUAUCCCCUAGCAACCGAUUGCAACAUUACCACGAACUGCAGAAGCUGGUCCAACAACACUGGGAUCGAUGGCGUAAGGAGUACCUCUACGAGCAGAACCAUCAAAGGAAGAAGGCUGGAAUAGCGACGAACAUCCAAGUUGGGCAAAUUGUGUUGGUACAAGAUGAAGGAAAACCGUCUAUAUCAUGGCCGCUACUUUGA